CCCAUUACCACCGGAAACUUUGCCACGUCAUAGUGUGUCGGACGCAGACACCCGCCGUGGUGGUGUGGCUGAGUCCAUUCAAAAUGAUUCGUUUCGAAAGCGAAUUACAUUGCUUGACCAACCGGUCAACUUGUAGAAGAGUUUAACUACGAAGUUACAUAGCACGGAAAUUCCACACUGUCGUCUGUUCUUUCUUGCUGUGUUUACGGCCAAGGUUGUGGAAUGCUGCUGGACGAGACUCCCCUGUUCGAUCCUUCUCUGCUUCAGGAGUUAGACUGGAGCGACAACAGUGUCUCCUUCUCACCCUACAUCUCUCCCUCCAGCCCAGGCGACGGUCUGGUGCUCAGGCCCCUCUGCAGCGCCGACUUCAACAGGGGGUUCUUUAUGGUUCUUUCUGAAUUAACCGAGACAGGUGAUGUGACUGAAGACCAGUUUCUAAAAAAGUUUGAGCACAUGAAAAAAACAGGGGACUACUAUGUAGUGGUGGUGGAGGACACCAAUCUUGGACAAAUUGUGGCCACGGCCACUUUAAUCACAGAGCACAAAUUCAUCCAUUCUUGUGCAAAGAGAGGCCGAGUUGAGGAGGUGGUUGUUAGUGACGUGUGCAGAGGCAAACAGCUGGGAAAACUGUUAAUGUCUACGCUUACGCUUCUCAGUAAAAAACUCAAUUGCUAUAAAAUCACACUGGAAUGUGCACCCAAAAACGUGGCUUUCUACCAAAAGUUUGGUUACUCCGCUUCCGAUGAGACUUACAUGCAGUGUCGGUUUUCCCACUGAAGAACUUUGGGCCUGCAAUGCUGCUUUUCACGUCACCCUCUGACAUCCGCCAAUUGGAACAUUGUGGUUUGGAGUGCGUCAUUCAGAAGCUUACAGCGUCGCCCUGAGUGUCAUCCUGACAUCAGAGCUGAAGUAAACAAAAACACAUGUGGAAGACUCCGCCACAAGCCUCUUCUUUUUGUUGUGGCAACCAUGGCUACCUGAUAGCAGCGGCCUCUGAAGAAAGAAUCAUCAGUUACUAUAAAUGUCUUAUUUGGUUACGGUGGUGACAGAAAAUUGAAAUGGUGGAAUGAAAUAAGCCAGGCAGAAAGUGAAAGCUUAUGUCCUUACUGCAUCCAAUAAUUCAAUAAAUGAUUGUGAAAGGCAAGUGACCAAAGAACAAUUCAUCGAACACUAACCAAUGCUGUAAGAUGACUUCGGUAUGAAUCCUACAGGAUUUAAAAUGAGUAUAAGUAAGCCAACAGAAGUUUAUAUUCAUGAGUGUAAGUUCUUAACGUUUUAUAUUUGGAAUGUUGCUGCGAUCACAUUUUGUGAUGGUUGGUAUGGAUACAAAAAAUUAGAUUUGUAAAUUCAUGUGACUUUUUAUAGUUGGUCAGUGGGAACAUAUUUCAUGUAAUUUAUUGCCAAAUGUGUGGAAAAGUAUAAAUAAAACACCAGUAAA